AUUAAUCGUGAACUUUAUGUGUUUUCCUCUGUUGUAUAGAAGGGAUAUACUAACUUUAAUACGCUAUUAACUUUAUGACUUUUAUCUCUGAUUUAUCACAUAUUACCAUAUUUCUAACACUUGUUUUUAACGUAUGUUUACAAUAUGGAAAAUGAUGAAAAGAACCGUUUAAGUUAAUUGGUCUAAAAGUCACUUACAAAUGUAUAUGUAUAUAUAAUAAAAAAAGUUUUACGUUUAAUAAAGUACAGCUGCAUUUAAAUGUCUAUUGUGAAUCACUAGAUUUAUCAGUGGUCUAGAUAAUACUUAAAGCCACCAUGAUGGAGAUAUAUACCGGAAUGUAAAUAAAUAUUAAUACAAUUUUCUCUAAUUGUCACCAAACUUAAUUAAAAUUGUUGUCAAAAGACUCUCACCGUACACGUUCAACAAAUACAAGAUUAAUUGAACAAAUAUAUUGACAAGUUUUGAAUUAAACUCAUCUGAAACUGGAGAUUAAAGUAUUUUGCAAUAAAACAGACCGCUGGGAAAGUGAGCUGUUUGUUUUAUUACAAAUGUUGCCGUUAAAUGUUUCCGAAUAAAGCAAGUUUAUAAUGAGCGAGUGGUUACAAAGGGAGAAUUAAAUAUUGUUGAAUAGUUUUGUAAGGAUACAAGCAUCUCUCUGUAACUGUGCUUUUAACAUACAAUUUCUCCGCCGUAACAUGUGAUCUUUUAAUCGGACUUUCUCUUCAGGAAGUAGGAUUUAUGCCUCAAGAAUGUAUGUAAAAAAUCUACAUUCGUAAAUUUGGAAAAUCGUGACGAUUAUUUUGGAUUUUAAUUUACGAUUACAGUGUAUAAAAUUUAUCAUAUGUUUAAUUGUGCUCUUGGCUACAAUUGUUUUUAUGAUAAACUUAUUUAAAAAAACCCUUGGUGCCAUUCAUAUUGAAAAAUACAAUGGUAAAUUCUCAGUCAAAAAAUUAGAUUCAUGAAAAAUGGACUUGAACAUAUUUAUUAAUUAUUGAAAUUUAAGUCGGAUUCUCUACAAGACGCUAGGUUUCUAUCAAGAAUAUAAAUAUGUCUUCUGAUGAACAUCAUCGUCACGAGGGAGGGCCACUAGAACGCAUACACAAAAGAGAUAUGGUUCAGAGAAAUGCGAUGGAAAAUGCCGCGUAUAACAAGGUUGCUAAGCAUCUAGAAAGCGAGAAGAGAGCGUUCGUGCGACAGAAUACACGUGACGAGGGUGAAAUGAAGAAUUUACUUUACCGUUUACAGCAGCAGACAACAUAUAAUCAAACUCCUGUCACUGACCAGGGGGACACGAGUAGUGAAAUAGAUGAGGUUGACUGGACUGGAACGCCGCCAACCGGAAACCUAUUACAACAAGAAUGUGUCGCUAAUCCAUACCCGGUCACUAUUAUUCCAAAGUUUGGUGGAAACAGUCUGACGAAACAUCCUGUCAUUUCUGCGCAGGAAUCAUCACGAAGUAAUUCCAGACGAAAGUCAAAAGAAUAUGAAGACGUGCAAGAAUCUUUAUCGAACAUGACAGUUUCGAAUCUAUCGUCUGCCUCAUCAAAUUAUGAACAGACGAUUUCCAGUUCGUCUGCAAGUGUGUUAAAUGAUGACGAAGCGUCGCGUGCUUGGCUGGCUACUCCUGGUGCAAUAUCUUCCGUGCGACGUAUGCGUAAAUCUGUUACAGAACAAACACAUAGUAAAAUCUUAAGGAAAGUAAGUUGCGACAGCUCGGAAUUCUCCCAAAAGAUUUUAGGUAGUUCUCCAUCUCACAGCAGAAGCAAUUCACUGAAAGAGAAAAAGAAAUCAAGUUGUUGGGAACCAUUGUCUGCUAAUAAAGAGUAUCGUAACAGAAGAGGCGGGUCUUUGAAGGAGAGAAAAGCAGGCACAUCAGAUAGAACUCAACAAUGUGCUGUCCAACGCUUGUCACGUUCAUAUUCGGUGCUUUCAAAAGAAUCAGUUACAAGUUUGAAUAAAUAUCCAGACGAUUGUUAUAUAACCUGCAGGGACGGGGAAAAAGGAACAAACUCAAACAGAAAAAGUUCAAAGAAAAAUGAAAAGCCUAGAUUAACGCGGAAGGCGAGUAAUGACUCUACAGCUUCGUGUGAUGCAGGUUCCCCGUCUAGUAAGAAGAAAGGUGUAAGACGCAAAGUGGGUUUGUCUAUCAGUCAAGAGUCCUCGCCUAAUAUAAGUCCUCUUGCAACUGAAAGAGAGACAUUCAAAUUUUGAUUUUGCUGGAAAAGAUUUCAAUAUGUAGCGCAUAUUGUGAAUUCAAUUUAAAGCACAUGUUAAGGCAACUCGCAUUACAAGACAGAAAGCGUCUCGUACGUCAUAAAAAUGCAUAUCUCUAUAACUGACACGGUUUUAGGAUUUAUCAAAAGUUCUAAUUAUGUGUUAAUGUAGGACUGCUUAUAACAUAUUCAUUCUUGAAAAAAAAACAUAUUUAGGGUAUAACAUGUGUAUCAUAAUAA